AUGCCCCUGACGAGACCGCGAAUGAGGCCACGAAGCGCACUUCAGUGGCCCAAGAUUCGAGAAAUCACCGGAUCUCUUGCAUCAACUGGCUCAAAUCUGGUAGAUGAAGUGAGCCCCGAAGACGACGUAGUGAGACUCCUAGAUAUCAUACACAAGCUCUUAGUUCGAGAACCUGGAGAAGUUGCGCACCUUGCUGGUUCUGCACUCAUGAGAGACACAUCUGGAAUCAUCCAGUCUAAGGGAAAGCAGCUGCCAUUCACGAUGCCAGUCUCGGAACAUCCCGAGAUUGAUGGAGCCCUCAUAGAGGAAAGGCUUACAACUCUCGGAGACGACUCGGUGGCUCGACCAGGAGUAACAGUAGCGCUUCACAUUUGCGAUGAUUACGUCCCGUGCGAUCAGUCCGACGAUACCGACCAAGUGUUGAAGAUUUUUCUACGUCGGCUCGAGGGCAACGGCCUCACCACUCUUGCGGCGGAGGUUUAUUUAUACCAAAAUGAGCCAGACAAACUCCGCGCUCUCAGAAACCAUUUAAUCGACGCGCUGCUUAAGCCUAUGCUCGCUCGUGGAAGAGGAAAGGGACUCAUCUCCCAGCCGGUGGAUGAAGACGCUCAGACUGAGAUACAAAGCUCUUUGCACGAAGUUGAAACAGUAUCGAGAGACGCGGCACUGAGAAACGAGUGUCUGAAAAGAGACGGCGGGAAGUGCAUGAUCAGCCAAUACUGGUCCGAUCCAUGGGAGGAGCCUUCUGAGGGAGAUAUAUGCAGCACUAAGUGUGCACAUUGCAUUCCUUUCUCUCUCUUCACUACCAACGGUAGUUAUACCCAAACGGUGAAUAUUGCCACAAUUUGGCUCGCGUAUCAUCGAUAUUUCACCGACCUUCAAGGAGCAAUUGCUUCUGAAAGCAUAAACCAGCUUCCAAAUGUUAUGACGUUGAUGGACACGCUGCAAAAACAGUUUAGAAAGCUGAAGAUGGCUUUCAAGUCCACAGGCGUCCGAAAUCAAUAUGCCAUCCAAUGGUUUGGUUCUGCCAAACGGUUCUAUCUCAGAGGGAUCCUGCCUCCCACAGUUCAGUUUAGUACGCACAAUGGUGAUGAGAACCUGCCCAACGCAGCAUUUCUUCGCUGUCACUACAUCUUGGCUGAGGUUUAUAACGACAUGAACUUGCAAAACCUUUCCCUAAAGGUACUUUCGACGUUCCUACGAGACGAAAAGAUGACGCUGAAUGACACACUGUCAUUUAUUGGUGGUGCGAGUGUCGAAUUUGUAGAGACACAGCUCAGGACAUGAAAUUACAAUUGUGAACAUCGUUUAAGCCUUAAGGGCUAGGCAUGGAAUACUUGACGUUGAUAUAGACGACAACAAGGGAGUGAGAAGCAUUACUACUCAUGCAAAAAGGCUUUUCUUUCCCACAAUUCAAAAGACGAUGAGAUUGAGCGCGGGGAUCAAGUGAAAGAGUUCGGAAAGAAAUUAGAG